AGUACACGUUUGUUUUCGUUUUAUUUAUCGCGCUGUUCGAAACAAUACUCAACACGCAAUGAUCAAAUAUGCUGGAAAACUAACAGUAGAAUGCUCAAGAUUUUGUGUUUCUCAACGUUGUGCCAUAUCCUUUGUGAAUCCAAAAACUGUUAUUCCGUACCAGGCUGUUCUACUCACAUCAGCAGCUAAUUUAAUUCCGUAUUCAUCAAUUGUCAUUGACAACAGAUGAUAUAACUUUUUGUCUAGCAAUGUGAUUGUAUACUCAUUCUAUUUAACAUGUUUGAAGGAUCAUUGUGGAGUAUUUUUGAAUUUUUCGACAUGACAGAAUUUUAUCAAGGAUUUUUAUUGUCUUUGUUGUGCUCAUUUAAAUCCGGUAAAACAAAAUGUAUCUUUAGUUUGUCUUUUAUUGUAGUCUUCGCGCUUCUAUUUAUUAUUAUAAGUUUAACAUAUUUUACACCAUCGAUAUAUGGUAGAUAUGAAAAGUAUAGUGUAGAUUCCUACAGCUGUAACAAAUAUGCUGAAAAUUCGAAUAAUGGCAAAGAAUGUUCUAACUCUGAAGAUUGCCUGGGGAAUUAUGAACUUAAACCGUAUAUUCAAAAGUAUGAUCGAAUUAAUACUAUUACUGCACCAAAUUUCCUCCCGGAUACUGCAGAUAUUCUAACAUCCGAUGAUUUAAUCAGAAUUGAUGAAGUUGCCAAAGUUUUUCCGAGUAAGAGAUAUAAAAAUGAAGGAACUGAACAGGAGGCUCUAACAGCUGUUCAGAUGGCCUUAAAAAUGAAGAAUGCUCAGAAGUUCGAUAAAGCUCGUAAGUUAUUUCAGCAUGCUUUGGCUUUACAACCUCUCCAUCCAGAUAUUUUAAAUCACUAUGGUGAAUUCCUGGAAGAAAAAGAAAAUGACAUCAUCAGAGCCGAUCAUUUAUAUGUUAAAGCUCUUACCGUUAGUCCUGACCAUUCUCGUGCUCUUGUGAAUCGCAAAAGAACUUUGCGAGUUGUAGAUGAGCUGGAUGAACAAGAGCUUGAAAGAAUUGAUAGAAAGAGAAUUGAAUUAAUAGAAUUAAACCAUAAUAAUCCAUCUCUGAAAAGAGUUAAGAAAGAAAUUUAUUUCCAGCAUAUAUAUCACACUGUUGCCAUAGAAGGAAAUACUAUGACACUUGCUGAAACAAGAAUGGUUGUUGAAACACGAAUGAGUGUUCCUGGCAAGAGUGUCAUGGAGCACAAUGAAAUUUUGGGUUUAGAGUCAGCAUUGCGCUAUAUAAAUAAAACCCUUGUUAACAAAGAUAUAAUUACAGUUUAUGAUAUCUUAGCUAUUCAUAAGCGGGUUUUAGGUCAUGUGGAUCCUAUAGAAGCUGGAUCUUUUAGACAAAACCAAGUUUUUGUUGGGGAGCAUAUACCACCGUUAGCUUCUGAUGUUGCCUAUCUCAUGGAAGAAUUUGUAGAAUGGCUUCAAUCAGAUAAUAUGUUGCGAUUGCAUCCAGUCAAACAAGCAGCUUUAGCUCAUUAUAAGCUUGUAUAUAUUCAUCCAUUUGUAGAUGGAAAUGGCCGAACUGCACGACUGCUUAUGAAUUUGAUACUUAUGAGAAAUGGAUAUCCUCCUGUCAUCAUUAGGAAACAGGAUCGAUCAAUGUAUUAUAAUGCUAUUCAACUUGCUAAUGAAGGAGAUGUCAGGCCUUUUAUUCGUUUCAUUGCACACUGUACCGAAUGUACUCUAAAUGUAUAUUUACAUGCCCAAGAAUAUGGUGCUAAAUGUCUUAUGGCUCUUGAGCAACCAAAGAAACAAGAUUAUAAUGAUAUCAUUCCACUGUAAUGUACAUCGUAUCCAUAUUUUUCAUCUUUAAUUUAAAGCAAAUACAACUAUCUAAGUAUUAGUUAAGUCAUUGUGAGCUAUUUUGUUUUGUUUCACUUUUUUUCCUCUUUUUUGUUUAUUUACUCUCCUAAAUAUUCAUAUUUUGAAAAUACUCAGUUUUAUUUUCUUUAUGUAUUUCGUUUUAUUGCUGGCCUUUGAUAUCAUGGGGGAGGGGACAUUAUGAACCAAUUUAGUAGUUUUAAAAUCCCUGCUGUGAAAGUCUUGGAUAUUUCCAUAACUUAAUUUGUAAUUCUGUUACAAAAGGCUUUAAAUCACUGUAACUAAUAAUUUGCAGUAUGUUUCAAGGUUUUUAACUUUUGACUGGGAAUCUGAAAAAGAGAAGUUUUUAUGAAAAUUAUGAAGGAAAGAAUUAAACUCUUAAGGCAUUGACAUCUUGUAAGUUGAAAUUCUGCUUCCGCUUGAAGUAAAGUAGCAUUUGUUUUGAUCUUGGAACAAAUUUUUACUAUUUUCAUAAAUUUUUAAGCAUAGUUAAUGUAAUUGUUUGGUACGAAAGUCCUAAUCCAAUAAAAAGUUCAUGACUGAACAAAAACACUUAUUUUCUUCAAGCUUUUAAAAACAGCCAAAUCCUCAAAAAUUAUUCAUAAAUAAAUCAGUACUUUGUAUUUGAUGGCAUUGUACAAACAAGGUAAUAAUUUUAUGAAACGGAAUUGUAGUAGCCUUAAGUAUCAUCACUUUCACUUUUUAUUAAAGUUUAUAUUAUAAUUUUAAUCUUCUUACUUUGUUGCAAUAUAUAUGCAAUUAAAAACAUUCUGAUAUAUAGCUUUACAAAGAAUGAAUAGUUCUCACUCCCAGAAUGAGCCUUCAACAUUUUUUAAAAUAUAUAUAUAUAAUUAAAAUUUUAGUUUUAAGUAUGUUUUAUGUUUAAUCUAGAUUUUAAAUGUACUUUUAACUAAGAGAUAACUGUAAUUUAAUUCUUUAACUAAUUCAAUUCUUUAACUCUAAUUUAAUUCUUUAACUAAUUCAAGAAUUAAAUUACAAUCAGGCAUAUUGUAUAUAUUAAAAGUAUACAGGAGGUUUAUUUAUUUUUCUUUACCUUCAAGCUGGCAGAGGUAAAAAUCUGUUGUCUGUUAAAUGUUUUUUAAAUUGAGAAGUGAAUAAGAAUGUAUUUUUAUUGUAUGUUCAAAUUGUAAGUGGAAACCUGUUUGCAGCGCACAUCUACUCUUGUGAAUUACAAGAGUGUAACUUGGAGAUUAUACUGAAAAUUAAUGCAGUGCAAUUAUGCAUAUCUGUGAUAAUCUUAUGACUAUUUUUUUUAUUUAUUACUGUUGUGUAUUACUUAAUAACUUUGCAAAUACUCGUAUAAUUAAUGCCUUAUUGCACUUUUAUUUGUUGUAUAAAUUUUUUAUUAACUUAUGAAAAUGCUACACGCAGUCUUGUCAUUUGUCUUAUUAUGUUACUAAAAUAAUAGUUUGUUACUGCUUCAGCAGUUCGAUUUUCAUUGUUAUGAAUUUAAUGUAUCUUUAUUUUGCCUUUAUAUCUUGUAAUCUGUGUCAUGUUCGUCCUUUAACUAUAUACAAAAUUAAUCACUAAAUUAUUCUGCAUUUGAACUAUCUUGUUUAAAUUUCGAAUUACGUUGUGUUUUAUCUCUUUCUUUCUUUUUUUUUUCUUUUUUUUUUUUGCCUUUACAUAUAUUAUGUUCAGUCUUAAUUUGAUAUUAAUAUUAUUUUUUCUUGUUAACAAAGCAUUUAUAAGAAAAUUCAACCACAUCAGUUUCUGUUUUAAAUCAGAAUCAUCUUUGAAAAAAUUCUGAGUUAAUGAAAUUGUUGAACAGCCCUUUUUAUGAAAAAUUUGAUCAUAGUGAAUUGUUUAUGUACCUCAACUGGAAAUAUGGCAGGUUUUGUUUUUUUUAUUUGGUUUUCGAUAAAAAUUUGUUGAAAAAUUCAAAUCAAUCCCUCUAGUUUAUUUUUAUAUUCCAAACAUACCUUGACAGUAGACCUACAGAUAUAAAUGUUGCAUUUUGUCAUACUUUAAAAUGCUGCAUCAAAUUUUCUGUAGUCAGCUACUUUUAUGUCUUAAUGAGAUGAGUUUUUCUGAAGAGAUGGGAAAAUUGAAUGAUUCAUCUAGAUCUUUCAUUUGGUAAAAAAUAAUUUCUCUAAUACUUCUUGCUUGUGCUCUUUAUUUCCUAUUCUAUCAUAAACCGUCUUUUUAUUUAAUUCAGAAAAUUUUUAAUUACUUUGUAAUUUUUGCUAUCACACAAGAGAAUUUAAUAUAUGUUAAUCUAAGGACUUUUUUAUGGUUAUUAUUAUACUACUUUUUUUUUUUUUUUUUACUUCUUUCACUGAUAUGAUUCUCAAAUUUUUGAGCAUAUCUACCUAAAGAACUAGAAUUUUCAAAAAAUAAUGGAGAUCCUUUCAUAAAAUAUCUUAGUGUUAUGUCUUUAUCUUUAGUCACUGAAAAUUUUUGGAUAAAUAAAAUGAAUCUCGAUUUUGAAUAAUUAAAAAAGAAACUGCCAAAAGAAUUUAGAUUAUUACCAGAUAUCUACAAACAAGAGAUAAUUAUAUUUGCAAAAUAUAUUUUUCUGUAUAACGUUAUUUCCUCCUUACAAAAAUUAGAAUAACAUUUUUAAGUCUUUAUUUAGUCAUGUAAAAAGUUCUCAUGAUCUUAAUAAUGUAUAUAUGAAUAUGGAUUUCAGAUAAUUGUAUGUAUCCUGUAAAAGAAUUCCUUAUAUAUAUCUUUUUGAUAUUUAUAAGGAAAUCUCAUAAUGUGAGAUUGAAACAGUAUGGCUUGGAAAAUUAAAUGAACGAGUAAACUGUAUGUCUUAAUUAUUAAUUUUAAUUUAUGCAAAAUAUUUAUACCGGUAAAAAAAAAUACUCUGCAUUGUUAUAUAUUGUGCAAAAAAUGCUAUCCAACUAUGCAUUGAGUGUGGACUUCUGUGCAUACAUUUUAUUAACCUUGAAGUGGAUUAUUCCCACAUGUUGCAUAAUACUUGAAAAUCUUUGUCUGCAUCAAGAGCAACAACUCAUUUACAUCUAUCUUCUUUCUAUUGUAAAGUAAAUGUUGUGUAUGUGCCUUGUGAAAAUAAAUGUCUUACUUAAUAUAAUUACUUCUAUAAUUCUAUUAUACAGGUACUUCUUUCACUUUACGACCGAGUUUCGUUCUAUCGACUUUGUCCAUAAGCAUGAAGCUUAUAAAAAUUAUUCAAUAAACUUAAAAUUUAUUCAUAAAAAUAACAUGCAUAUGUAUAUACGUAUUAUUAUUUAUUUGAUUACUUGGAGUUGUGGUUAGUCCGGAUAUGGGAGAUGAUUGACAAUGGAAUGGAAGAGUGGUUGUCCUGGAUGUAAGAAUUGAAAAGGAACUUCAGCUGUGGUAUGCUUUGUAUUAUUUUUUUAUAUAUAAAUAUCAGUAUUUUGAAAGUUUACUCACACCUUGUUCAACUUUAAUAAGACAUUCAGUAUUUUGAUCCAUUACCUUGAGUUCCAGUAUAGCCGCAUUAAUUUUGGAGAACACUUCAGGUAACCCAUGUACGGUGAACUUCUUUUUAAUUCUUCCCUUGUCUUCCUCUUUCAAAUGCUACAGUGCUUCUAGCUGUAUUAAAUCUUCAUUUUUUUAAUUCGCCAUAGGCAUAAUUCACUAAUUCAGCUAUAUGUUCCAUUUCAAUAUUUAAAUUAAAUGCAUUGACAAAGCCGCGAUUGCUUGAAUUAUUUAAUUUUGUUCAUUACUGUCAGGAGAUUUGAUAUUGUUCCCAAAAAAAUUUUAUGCAUUUUUUUUCUAUAUGUCUUGCAUACACUUGCCACUUCUUCUCAAGCCUAUGUAAUGUUUCUAAUAAUCUAAAGUAUUGUACGAUACCCAAAAAUCAUGGAGGGUUGCUAUAUCAUUUUCUUUCACUGUUACAGCUUGGGAAAAGGUCUUGCGUAAAUAACUCUUUGAACGUAGCUAUAGCACCUUAGCCCAUUGACAUAGAACUACAAUUGAAUUUUUAGAAAGAUGCACUACCUUUACAUCUGGAUGUAAAUAAUCAAAAUACCUGGUGAUCUGGAGCAUUAUCAAGUAGGAAAAUAAUUAUAAAAGAAACUUCCUUUUUUAAACACUAAUGUUUGACUGAGGAUAUGAAACAGUUCAAAACCGAAUCUUCAAAUACAGGUUACACCAUCCAUGCCUUUUUAUUUGCACAGUAGUAAACAUGCAGAAUGUUUGUAAUAACUUCCUUUAAUUCUGUGGAUUUUCGGAGAAUAGAUCAGUAAGGCUUUAAUUUGAAUCCAGCUACAUUUCCAUAACAAUGGCAUGAUAUGGUUACUGGUUCUGGGGUACAAUAUGCCUCCCCCCCCGUCAAUUUAAAAAGUUACGUAAAUGCACUAAUGUUUUGUCUAUAUGACGUCCAUUAAGAUUUGCACCUGGUAUAUGUAUAUCUAUUUUUGCUGUCGGUUUCUUCACCUCUGUGCCUUAGCUUCUUUUUUGCAUAUAGGGCCUUUUGGGGAUUCAUACCACCAAAGUGUGUUUUCAUCCACAUUGAAUAUCUGUUCCGGGUAGUAGCUGUGUUUUUUAAUUCCAUCCAAUUAGACUAAAAAUUUUCCUGUUGCUUCUACAUUCGUUUUUGCCAUCUGAUUACUAAUUCUCCAAUUUGUACAUGUUGAAUUCCGCUUAAACCUUUGAAACCAUUCAUGGCUUGCUGUAAAUGAUUGUGUCGAUUUUUCGCCUUCAAUCUCAAAUUUACUGUAGGCCUUAGUUUGUAUUAUUGAAAGGCUUAGUGGCAUAUUAUUUUGCAUCUGAUUGUCAAACUGGAUCGCCAAGAAUUUCUUCAUUUCAUGAAUAAGACAUUUUCGCUGCCUAGUUGUUAUGGCUUUAAAUUCUGCCGUUGAUUUCACCUCCCCUUUCACUCGUUAUCCUUUAAGAUGUUGAAAUUGCCGAAUGUGCCAACUUCAAGUCGCAUGCUUUAUCUUAAACCGUUUUACCAUCUUUAUAUUCUUGUAUGAUUUUUAUUUUCAUUUCAAGAUCGAUAGCUUUUCUUCUUUUCUUAACAGUUUCUCCUGGUGAUCCAUUACUUUUUCUUUUCAUUGACAUCUUUACUAUUUUGAGGUUACUAAUAUGUAAAAAAGAAAUAAUUAAUAAUGAGAUUACAUAGUUGCUGAUUAAAAGAAUGCGCAGGAAGUCUAUAUCACGCUCAAUACUCAUAUCACCUUUCUCAUUUGACCGAUACUCAAGGUGAGGAAAGGGACUCAUUCCCCUCUCAACCGCAGGUCGAAAUUCGAUUGGUUGCAAGUACGAAAGUCGUUCAGCAGGUAGGUCGUAAAGUGAGAAGUAUCUGUAUUCCCUUAAUAAAUAAUGGAACGAAAGCUGAAAUUUUUCAGUUGUAGAGUGUUGUAUACCAUAUUUGAACAUCAGCUUGUAUUAAACUAACAGAAUUUCAUCCUUUCAGAUGGAAAUCAUUAUUAUUGCUUUCUAGAAUAUGUGAAUUUUGAGUUCCUUAUCUAUCUCUAUGCCGUGUUGUAAAAAAUUAACUUGUUUUCUUACUCAGAUGUAUUAAAUAAUUUUACCUUUCAGUAUAUACUUAUUUUUAUUAUAGUCAUGAAUUUUUAAAAUUCAGAAUAAUUUCUUGUUUAGCAUUUCUGUCAAAUGAAUACUAGUGAAGAAAAGAAUUGUUUUGAUUACUCAUGUGUUGCAUUUACUCAUAGUAUUUUCAUUUCUUAGAAAUCAAACCUGAAUAUGAUUUAUCUUCUGUAAAAUAUAUUUAUAAAUCCACAAAUCAAGGAUAUUUAUUGUUAUUGAGAACAUUAAUAUUUUGCGUGCUUUGUAAAAGAAAGGGGAAAAAAAAUGGAAACUUUUAUUUCAAACAUGCUGCAGUAACAUAAAAGUUUCGAGAACUGAUAAAUAUCCCUGUGAAAAAAACACUGUUUUCAUGUCAUUAGAAAAAUGAAUAAAAAGUUAGA